AUGAACGACACGAUGUCUUCCACGGUGCAUACCAGCGCCAAACGACGGCCGCCUGAUGACGGUGAUGGCUGCGCUCAUGUUCAAUCACCGCCGGCGAAACGACCAAGCACCAAUCAUGUGUCCCUCGGCCCUGGCGGCAUAGAUGAUUGCCAUGACGGCCAUGGCCAUGGUCGCAGUCGACACCCACGUUCCGUGGAUCCUCCUCUCACUCGUGACCAGCUUUGCGACAGCACGCCCGAGGAGCUUGUCGACGUCAUAAUGCACCUGCAAGCGCACCUCUCCGAACAGUCGGCGCUGUUCUCUGCGCGCUACGACUCACUAAGCCACGAGAUGCUGAACAUGAAGAGAUCCCUAUCGCAUAUCUUCGCUGCCCAAGGCAAAGCAAUGAGUACAGCGGCAACGGUGGGCAGGAUACUCUUCUUGUCGACCAGCAACGCUAUCGCAGCACGCUGA